AUGGUGAACCCGGCGAAGCGGGAGUAUUUGAGUGGAUCAGCGGCAGCACACGGCGCCCCCUCCUCCAGCCACCGCUCGAUGAACUCGGCUCCAAAAGAAUCCAACCCCCAGAAACGUACGGCUCUCACUGCUGACGUCACAGGGGGAGCGACGGGAGCGCGCAAUCACGAGCACGCGCACCUACCGACAGGGCACGUGAGGAUGGUGCACCUACUUCACAGGGAGGCAGAGGAGUUCACAUCCGCGGUGGAGAAGCCAGUGCCCCCCAAGUCCCUGUUUUUGGAACCACACCCCUGA